CUGGAUUCUGAGAAACACUUUGCUAUAAAACCCCAUGCUCCCAUUCUUUACAACACAAAACAAAACAAAAACAACUAACCAACGUAGUAACGCGUUGGUAGAGAAUAAACAAAAUCUCAAUGAGAUCUUCUUCUAUGAUGGGGCCUUCAACCCAUCUCAUUUGCGCUCUAGGAGUUGUCAUCAUGGCAACAAUGGUUGCUGCAUAUGAUCCAUACACAGAUAGCUCUCCACCACCACUGUAUUCCUCACCGCUUCCUAAGAUUGAAUACAAAACUCCCCCACUACCAUACAUCGACAGUUCCCCACCACCAACUUACUCACCGGCUCCUGAAGUAGAAUACAAAUCUCCUCCACCACCAUAUGUUUACAGCUCACCACCACCACCGACCUACUCUCCAUCCCCAAAGGUUGAGUACAAAUCUCCUCCACCACCGUAUGUCUACAGCUCCCCACCACCACCAACCUACUCUCCAUCCCCAAAGGUUGAGUACAAAUCUCCUCCACCACCCUAUGUUUACAGCUCCCCACCACCGCCAACCUACUCUCCAUCCCCAAAGGUUGAGUACAAAUCUCCUCCACCACCGUACGUGUACAGCUCCCCACCACCACCAACCUAUUCCCCAUCCCCAAAGGUUGAAUACAAAUCUCCUCCACCACCGUACGUCUACAGCUCCCCACCACCACCAACCUACUCCCCAUCUCCUAAGGUUGAGUACAAGUCUCCUCCACCCCCGUACGUCUACAGCUCUCCACCACCACCAUACUACUCACCGUCCCCAAAGGUAGAGUACAAGUCUCCUCCACCACCGUACGUCUACAGCUCUCCACCACCACCAACAUACUCUCCAUCCCCAAAGGUUGAUUACAAGUCUCCUCCACCCCCGUACGUCUACAGCUCUCCACCACCACCAUACUACUCACCGUCCCCAAAGGUAGAGUACAAGUCUCCUCCACCACCGUACGUCUACAGCUCUCCACCACCACCAACAUACUCUCCAUCCCCAAAGGUUGAUUACAAGUCUCCUCCACCACCGUACGUCUACAGCUCCCCACCACCUCCAUACUACUCACCAUCUCCAAAGGUUGACUACAAAUCUCCUCCACCACCCUAUGUUUACAGCUCCCCACCACCGCCAACCUACUCUCCAUCCCCAAAGGUUGAGUACAAAUCUCCUCCACCACCCUAUGUCUACAGCUCCCCACCACCGCCAACCUACUCUCCAUCCCCAAAGGUUGAGUACAAAUCUCCUCCACCACCGUACGUCUACAGCUCUCCACCACCACCAACCUAUUCCCCAUCCCCAAAGGUUGAAUACAAAUCUCCUCCACCACCGUACGUCUACAGCUCCCCACCACCACCAACCUACUCCCCAUCUCCUAAGGUUGAGUACAAGUCUCCUCCACCCCCGUACGUCUACAGCUCUCCACCACCACCAUACUACUCACCGUCCCCAAAGGUAGAGUACAAGUCUCCUCCACCACCGUACGUCUACAGCUCUCCACCACCACCAACAUACUCUCCAUCCCCAAAGGUUGAUUACAAGUCUCCUCCACCCCCGUACGUCUACAGCUCUCCACCACCACCAUACUACUCACCUUCUCCUAAGGUGUACUACAAGUCCCCACCACCACCUUACGUCUACAGUUCUCCACCACCACCAUACUAUUCACCUUCUCCUAAAGUGUACUACAAGUCUCCUCCACCACCGUACGUUUACAGCUCCCCACCACCACCAUACUACUCACCUUCGCCUAAGGUUUACUACAAAUCUCCACCACCACCAUACUAUUCACCUUCUCCUAAGGUGUACUACAAGUCUCCUCCACCACCGUACGUUUACAGCUCCCCACCACCACCAUACUACUCACCUUCGCCUAAGGUUUACUACAAAUCUCCACCACCACCGUACGUCUACAGCUCUCCACCACCACCAUACCACUCACCUUCGCCCAAGGUGCAAUACAAAUCCCCACCACCACCAUACGUUUACAGUUCUCCCCCACCACCAUACUAUUCACCAUCUCCUAAGGUGUACUACAAAUCUCCACCACCACCUUACGUCUACAGUUCUCCCCCACCACCAUACUACUCUCCUUCACCUAAAGUGUACUACAAGUCUCCACCACCACCGUAUGUCUACAGCUCCCCACCACCUCCAUACUACUCGCCUUCACCUAAGGUGUACUACAAGUCUCCACCACAUCCUCAUGUUUGUGUUUGUCCACCACCUCCUCCAUGUUAUUCUCCAUCCCCCAAGGUUGUGUACAAGUCUCCUCCACCACCAUAUGUCUACAGUUCUCCACCACCACCACACUACUCACCUUCCCCUAAGGUAUAUUACAAGUCACCCCCACCACCAUAUGUUUACAGUUCUCCACCCCCACCAUAUUACUCACCUUCCCCUAAGGUGCACUACAAAUCUCCUCCACCACCAUACUACGCACCUACUCCUAAGGUACAUUACAAGUCUCCUCCACCACCAUAUGUCUACAGUUCUCCACCACCUCCAUAUUACUCACCUUCUCCUAAGGUUCACUACAAAUCUCCUCCACCACCAUACGUCUACAGCUCCCCACCACCACCAUACUAUUCACCCUCUCCUAAGGUAGAAUACAAGUCUCCCCCACCACCGUAUGUUUACAGUUCUCCUCCACCACCAUACUACUCACCUUCCCCUAAGGUUGACUACAAAUCUCCUCCACCACCAUAUGUCUACAGUUCACCACCACCACCAUAUUAUUCACCUUCCCCUAAGGUAGACUACAAGUCUCCUCCACCACCGUAUGUCUACAGUUCUCCACCACCUCCAUAUUACUCACCUUCUCCUGUGGUAGACUACAAGUCUCCUCCACCACCAUAUGUCUACAGUUCCCCACCACCACCUUAUUAUUCUCCUUCUCCAAAGGUUGAAUACAAAUCUCCCCCACCACCAUAUGUUUACAAAUCCCCACCUCCACCUUCGUAUUCACCUUCUCCAAAAACUGAGUACUAAACUUCAGCUCCACCAUCAUAUUUCUAUUCUUGAAAAGAGUAAAAGGGAUUUUUAAUUAAAUAAAUUACCAAAUUUUAUUUGAUUUCUUCUUUCCUUUUGUUCUUGUAUCUUUUAAUUUUCAUUUGGUUUGCAUCAAUAAUUUGGGUAAAAAACUUUUGUAUGGUUUCAUGUUUUCUUCUUCUAUAUGUGUAAAGGUUGCUUGCAAUCAAUCUAUAUGAAGUCCUUUGGAAAUUUGAAUUAUAUUCUUGACUUUAUAGCUUUUGAUAAUUAUGUAUCCUCUGACGUGGGUCUUGUUUAAGGAUUGCAUUACCUAUUUUGCAUGGAUCAUUGGAAAUGAUUAUUCUCUUAUGUAGU